AGUCGUUGCUCGUUGGUUACCGCUGGUAGACUUUUGUGUGACAUCAAAGCGAAAAGCAGACGGGAAUUGUUAGGUCUGCUUGUUUUUGUUUUGUCUAAUUGUCAGAAAUAUUUUUAUCCGUUUGUGAUACAGCAUAUUGGAACUGUGAAAGUUGAUAAACACACCGCAUGACAAUAUAUUAUACAAUAUGUUUUUAGGUCGAUAAACAACCUUUAAUUCUACAAGCAUAUUUGCGUGACAGGUUAUGUUUACUUUAAAAAAGAGCGAAACGUAGACUAUUAUACGAACUUACAGAUGCAUUUUUAUUUCUAGUAGGCUAUUUAUUUUAAUUAAGCUUAAAUAAUAUUUUAUUAUACAGUUUGAUCAACAGAACACUGUGCUUUUACAAUGUACAAAAUUCUUAGUAAUAUUUUAUAUUACAUUGAAAAAUACUGUGUUGACUAUAUAGAUGUGGAUUAUUCACUAUGGGUGACUUGGCUUCUUCUACCACUGAUAAUAUCUUUUCUUCUGCCUUUAGUAAUUGGCCUGCUACUUUAUUCAAAUGCUGUAAUUCUGUACAUAUAUAAGCUUCACAGAUAUCGACUGAGGGAUGCAUUUGAAACAGACAUUUACGAUGGAGCACGCAAACUAAUAGCCGCUAUAUGGGAUGCUCAUGGAUACAUUUGGCAUGGAUAUGAAGUAAAGGGUCUGGAAAAUAUCCCAGAGUCGACUCCAGCACUGUUUAUAUACUACCAUGGGGCAAUUCCUAUUGAUCUAUACUAUUUUUUAUCAAGAGUUUUCCUUCUCAAAAAUAGACUUAUUCACACUGUUGCUGACAGAUUUCUCUUCAAAAUACCAGGAUGGGCCAUAAUUGCAGAAGCUCUAAAGGUGAUACCGGGCACUAUCCAAUCGUGCUCUGCCAUUUUAAAGGAGAAUAACCUCCUAGCUAUAUCCCCUGGAGGUGUAUAUGAGGCCCAGUUCUCGGAUUCCUACUACCGCCUGAUGUGGAAGAAGAGGUUAGGCUUUGCUAGAGUGGCACUAGAUGCCAAAGUUCCCAUAAUUCCCAUAUUUACCCAAAAUGUCAGAGAGUCAUUCCGAGCUGUUGGGUUUUUCCGCAGAAUAUGGCUUAAGUUGUACACGUGGACGAAGUUCCCCCUGGUGCCAAUAUAUGGAGGUUUCCCUGUCAAGCUGAGAACCCACGUAGGAGCACCGAUCUUGUACGACAGCUCUCUCUCACCUGAGGACCUCGGUGCAAUGGUGGCAAGUGCCUUAGAGGAGUUGAUUGCGAGCAACCAGCGGGUUCCCGGCAGUAUAAUGAGAGCUCUCCUGGAGAGGAUCUACGAGCCAACAAGUAGUGUUAAAAAUCAAUGAUUGAAAAUUGUAUGAAUUCAAUAUUUUUACCUGUAUUUAUAUCACUAUUGUGUCUUUGUUGUUAUUGUUUCUGUAUUAUUGAAGCUUGCAUUGUAUAGGAGUCGGAAAAUAGUGUAAACAACUCUUGAAUGACUGUUACACUGGUUUUAUUAAUUUGUGAUAUACUAUCAAAAUGCUAUACAUUCAUAUCAAAACAGUAUUAGAUGGAGAGUCGAUAUAUUUUUAGAAUUAAUCAGAGCAUGUUAGAACUAGUUUUGAAACAUUGUUAUUUUAUGUCGUAGGUAAUUUUGUACUCUGUACAAAGAAAUAUUUUUAUUGAUUUAAGAUAUAAUUACCUGUUUUCUAUCAAAUUUGAAUUGGAUUUAUAAUAAAUUGGAAUCGUAUAGACCAUAUAGUGGAAAGAGUUUUUUAAACUUUAUGUUUUAGGUUAAAGAAGUUUAUCUAACUCCAAACAUUUAAAAUUUGUGUACAUACAGUGCCCAGUUUGAGGUGUAAUGCAUCAGAACAGUGUCCCAGUACAUUGUAAAACAAUAAAGACUUAGUUUGGCCCGGAA